AUGCAGGCCGUGUUUGACCUAAAACCCUUCAGGCCGGUGGUGAACCUCAGUAAUCCCACCAUAACUAACAUCUCCUUCACCCUUUAUGCUGUCCUGGGGGUGAAUGAGAAAACCCAGAUACUAACAACCUUCCUGUGGCUGAGACUGUUCUGGCACCACGAGUUCCUGGUUUGGGAUCCGGACGAGUGCGACGGCAUCACCAGGAUUUCUCUCCCAGUGAAGAAGCUCUGGUCUCCGGACAUCAUCAUCUACGAGUUUGUGGAUGAUGAUGUGUCGCAGGCGUGUCCCUACGUCUACAUUAACCACACGGGUCACAUCCGCUGGGACAGGAUGCUGCGGCUGGUCUCCGCCUGUAACCUGGAGAUCUUCAGCUUUCCUUUCGAUGUGCAGAACUGCACAUUCACCUUUGGCUCCUACAUGCACACAAUAAAAGAUGUGAGGGUGAGUCCGGCCCUGACCUUCGAGGAGAUGUCUGGAAACUCCAAGCGUUACCUGGAGGCCAGCGGGGAGUGGGAGCUGGUGGUCAUACUGGGAGAGGCCUCCAUCCUCCAGUUUGGUAUCGACGAGUGGGACAUCAUCACCUUCUGGGUAGUCAUUAAGCGGCGUCCCGUGCUCUAUGUGGUCAACCUGCUCAUCCCCAGCUCCUUCCUCAUGCUCAUCGACAUCCUGUCCUUCUACCUGCCCCCCCACAGCGUGGACCGCGCCUCCUUCAAGAUGACCCUCAUCCUGGGCUACACCGUGUUCCUGCUCAUCAUGAACGACCUGCUGCCCAGUACAGCCAACGGCACGCCCAUCAUAGGUAUCUAUUUCUCGGUGUGUCUGGCCCUCAUGGUGAUCAGCCUCCUGGAGACGGUCAUCAUCACCAACGUGCUCCACCACAACUCCAUGAAGUACCGGGAGGUUCCCCGCUGGGUCAGGGUGGUCAUUCUCAAACACAUCGCCAACCUCAUCUGCUACCGUCAACCGGAGGAUGUCCCGCCCCCCUCUAAGGCUCAGGAGGAUAAACCUGAGAGGCUGGAUAACUGUUCAGGCCCCUGGAUCAUCCAGCCACGGGCCCAGGAACCUGCCCCGCACCCAGCCAGCACCACGGCCGAGACAACAGUUGCCAUGGCGACAGUGGCCUCUGUGCCCGAGCUGCAGCAGAUCUGCCAGGACCUGAGCGAGCUCCGUGCCCACCUCACCUCCCUGCAGCAGGACAGCGAGCGGCAGGACCAGUGGUGCCACGUGGGAUACAUCCUGGACUUCCUGCUGUUCCGCAUCUACCUGCUGCUCAUCUCCUGCUACGCCCUCGUCAUCAUCUGCAUGUGGUGCAUCUGGAUCCACCAGACCUGA